UGUGCUACUCCACACUCCAAAGCAGACACCAGCACCACAGGCGUCUGCGUCUACGACUCCAGAGCAGGCAUAUCGUUGCCAAGAUGGACCGUGCAGCAAUCACCACGAUGCCACGGAAGCUGGUGGUGCUGUACCCGUCGCCGGGCAUGGGCCACCUGGUCUCGAUGAUCGAACUGGGUAAGAUCAUCGCCGCCCGCGGCCUCGCCGUCACCAUCGUCGUCAUCGAUCUACCGCACAACACCGGGGCAAGCGCAACAGGGCCCUUCCUCGCCGGGGUCUCCGCGGCCAACCCCACCAUCUCCUUCCACCGUCUCCCGCAAGUCGAUCUCCCGCCCGUAAAAUCCAGCCACCUAGAGACAUUGACCUUCGAGGUCGCCCGCGUCUCAAACCCUCACCUGCGUGAUUUCCUUGCUGCCACCUCCCCUGCCGUUCUCGUCGCAGACUUCUUCUGUAAUGUCGCACGCGGCUUUGCCUCGGAGCUCGGCAUUCCCAUCUACUUCUUCUUCACCUCCGGCGCUGAGGUCCUGGCUCUCUACUUGCAUCUCCCGGUCCUGCACGCUCAGAUUACCGCCAACUUCCAGGACAUGGGUGAUGAGCUCGUGCACGUUCCCGGAAUCCCCUCGUUUCCGGCGACAGACUCCAUGCGGCCAAUCAUGGACCGUGAUGACAUAGCAUACACGAAGUUCGUGAGUGUGUGCAGCGACCUGUGCCUGUCCCAGGGCAUCCUCGUCAACACCUUCCGCUCGCUCGAGCCGCGGGCCGUGGAGACCAUCCUCGCCGGGCUCUGCUCGCCUUCCGGACUUCCGACCCCGCCAGUCUACUGCAUUGGGCCGCUGAUAAAGAUGCAGGAGGUGGGCACCAAGUGCGGCGACGAGUGCAUCGCGUGGCUGGAUGCCCAACCCAAGGACAGCGUGGUGUUCCUCUGCUUCGGCAGCCUCGGUCGGUUUAGCGCCAAGCAGAUCAAGGAGGUGGCGGCCGGGCUAGAGGCAAGCCGGCAGCGUUUCCUUUGGGUCAUAAAGAGCCCGCCCAGCGAUGACCCGACGAAGAAGUUCGACGGGCCAUCGGAGCCGGACCUCGACGCCCUACUCCCGGAGGGCUUCCUGGACCGUACCAAGGAGACAGGCCUGGUCGUGAAGUCAUGGGCACCUCAGCGCGAUGUGCUUAUGCACACAGCGGUGGCCUUGUUCGUGACGCACUGUGGAUGGAACUCCGUGCUGGAGUCGGUCAUGGCGGGUGUGCCGAUGCUAGCGUGGCCAUUGUACGCAGAGCAGCGGGUGAACAAGGUGUUCCUGGAGAAGGAGCUUGGGCUAGCUUUGGCGAUCGAAGGGUACGACAAGGAGGUGGUGGAGGCCGAGGAGAUGGCAGCAAAGGUGAAGUGGAUGAUGGACUCUGACGGCGGGAGGGUGAUCCGUGAGCGGACGCAGGCGGCCAUGCGUCAGGCGAAUGAGGCGAUGCGUGAGGGCGGGGAGUCUGAGGCGACGCUGGCGUCGCUGGUUGACGCGUGGGUACUUGCUUGACGUUGGCUAGAUCAGUCAAGAAGGGAUCCGGUGAUGCACGUGUAGCGUGGUUGUGUGGGGGAGUAUUAAGUUGUUGCGAAAAUAAACAAGUAGUAGUACUACCGUUGAGGUUGGUUGUGUUUUUUUUUCCUUUUUACCAAUUUCAGUUUCAUUUGUAAUCUACUUGUAUCUUACAUUUGGAAGCAAAUAAAAUAGAAUAACCGUUUUACAA